CUUCCUUACCCACUCUCCUAAGUAACCAUGGCUCUGCACAUUUGCAACUGCUUUGCUCUCUCGGACCACAACCAAACCCACCCUCGGCAACCCUGCUUCUCAAACUCAAACCCCAAAUCUUCAUCAUCAUCAUCAUCAUCUUCUUCUUCUUCACUUCAAACACCACUUCAUUUGACCAAGAGAAGCCUCAGCCUCUCACUUUUCGCAGCUGUUUUCUUAAAUGGGGUCCUCCCAAACUCGCCCAGUUUCGCUGAGGAGUCGGAGCUCGAGCGUUACACGGAUUCCAAGGCGGGCUUCACUCUUCUCCGGCCCUCCUCUUGGAUUAAGGUUGAUAAAGCAGGGGCGACUGCUCUGUUUGAAGAGGCAAGUAAUAGGAGCAACAAUGCCGGCGUUGUGGUGAACCCGGUUCGGCUUAACACACUUGGAGAGUUUGGCACUCCUCAAUUUGUUGCUGAUAAGCUUAUACAAGCCGAGAAGCGCAAGGAAAGUACAAAAGAUGCUGAGGUUAUUGGAGUUGCAGAGCGAUCAGGUAAGGAUGGGCUACAAGUAUACGAAUUUGAGUAUAAGCUAGAUAGUACUAGGGGAGGGAUGAAGAGAAUAUUUUCAGCUGUAUUUGUCGCCUCAAAAAAGCUCUACCUCCUAAAUAUUACACACACAGACAAACCAGAGAGUCCUCUAGAACCCCAUACCAGGCUGAUGUUGGAACAAGCUCUUCAUUCUUUUGAUGCAACAACUUGAACAUAAUAUUAGUGGGGUAUUCUUCCAUCCAAACAAAUUAAUCUGUUUGUGCCCCUCAAGGAUCCACUCGAGCAAUAAUGUCUUCAGCUGAUUCGUAGUGUUCAAACGAAAUUGAAGGUAAUACAAUUACUUUGAUUUUUUUUUUCAUGGGGUAUUGGAGUAGAGGACAACCAAUUGUGCUAUACAUAGUGCUACUAACCGAUUGAAUUACUGCAUAUUGAGAACCCUUAUCGUCAUCCAUAGCUAUUCUUUUCAGAAAUCAGUGAGGCCUUUUGUAGAACAACAAUUCGAGGGCAAUUGGUUAGUGGUAACCUCCCCAACUGAACUGGUACAAACAAUGUUAUUCAAGUUUUGAAUUUAAUGAA